CAAGACUCUAACAUUCACUAUAAAAGUUCUUGCUCGAAAUACAAAGGUGCUAUUAAAAAUGUUGUGUAACAGUGAAACUGAUCGAGGCUCUAAAACUUCCCAAAUAUUGUACUUAUCAUUGUUUUUAUUUUGUAUAUCUGUACAGUUAACGUCAUGUGUGUCUGAUACGAGUUAUAAUGCAACAACUACUAUGUUAACGAAUAAUACAUCAAAUAAUUCAGUUGGUGAUGACUUAUAUGUCAUAAAAGCAAUGGUAUAUGAAAUUGGUAUAUUAACAGAUGCGGAUAAUGCAACUAAUGACACUACCGAAAGGCAAGAAGUUAAACUCUCAUUUUAUAACUCUCCUGUAGAGGACAAUGGAUCAUCAUAGAAGAAUAUUGUCUAUCAAUGAUAUAAGUUAUCUAUUGUUAUCUAUUGUUCAUGUAUUUUAAAAGUUUAAACUGAUAUUACAUCACAUUUGAAUGAAAUUUAUAUCAAAGAAUAUAAUUGUUGUAGGAAAAUUUAAUUAUUAAUAAAGUUUUACUUUAAUAUAUGUAAUGAAGUAUAAUAAAUAAAUACUUUUAA